UGUGUACAUAAAUGCAAACCAAAUUUACACUGUCUAUAUUACACGGAACAGGUGAGAAAGAUGUGAAAGUGUCAGUGUUUCAGAGAGGCAUGUCGGACUCGGUUCCUGCAGGAGCGUCAGUGACUCUGCAGUGCUCGGUUCUCUCUGAGAGCAGAUCAGCAGAACUCCAAGUGCUCUGGUUCAGAGCUGCUCCACCACAAUCCCAUCCUCAAAUCAUUUACACUCAUCACAACAGCAGCCAUCAGUGUGAGAGCGGCUCUUCUACACACACCUGUGUGUACAACUUCUCCAAGAACAUCCUCAGCCUCAAUGAUACUGGAACUUACUACUGCGCUGUGUCCGUGUGUGGGAAGAUCAUUUUCGGGAACGGGACACGAGUACAACUGGCUAUGAAUACAUUCACCGACCAACAUCGUAAGGGAUCUGAUUCUGUAGUGGUAUACCUUGCUGUAGUGGUAGCGGUGUGUGUAGUAGUGAUUUGUGCUCAAGCUAUUUUAUACUGUAAAAAACAACACUCUGGACAAUGCACAGCGAGACUUCCACAAGGUUCACUGAUGGAGAAAGCCCACAGUCAGAACCGUGAUACUGUGGAGCUGAAUUAUGCUGCCCUAAAUAUCAAAGAAAAGAAAACCAAAAGUGGAAGAGUAAAAAGAGGACAACCGCAAGAUACUGUUUAUUCCGAAGUGCUAAUGUGCCCUAGUACAUAGAUUUUAAAAAAAGAUAUCUGUCUGUGCAUUGUAAUUGUUAACCCUAAUCAUGAACGUGAGUGGUCUGUUUAUUUAUUAACUCAGAUAACACUUUUAUUGUUUUUGACUGUGUAAUAUAUGGCAGAUCUCAACUCACAAUUCUGGUCAAAGCGCAGCUCUGCAUAAGCGUGGUGUAAUAGGAAAUGCAAAUGUUGGGUUCGAUUGUCUCUAUGUAACUUGUAUACAAUGGAAUGGAAUGUCAUUUCUUCAGAACCAUGGUGUGACAUGCCACAGUAGCACAAUACACAUAAAACGUAAUUGCAUAACAUUAUAUAAAAUAAAUACACAGUGCAUUGUAACUACACAGGACAACAGAACGAUAUGUAAUGGAUUAUUGUAUAUGGCAUGACUGAGAAGAGCUGAACAUAGCUUUGUAGUUGUAUAGUCACAGCAGCAACCAGUUCAAGUUUGUCCAAGUUUAACUGUCAAAUAAAAAAUUAAAAAAAGAAGCUGUCCAAGAAGCAGAAAGAUAAGAAAAGCAAGAUCAGUAGUAAAAAGGAGCCAUUAAUAUCUUCAUGCAGACGUGGAACCAAGGUGUGUUGGUAAAACCAAAUGGCAUGACAUAGAGCUCAUGCUACCCUUAAGUACCCUUAUGUUGUGUAGAAGCCAGUUUUCCACACAUUUCCUCCCCAGACAUUAAGUUGGUUCAUAUCUCAGGUCUAACGUUCUGUAUGUCCAUGUGCACAGCUGCUUCAACACUGCAUACAAGGCAGGGGAUAUCCACACUUCUGUCAAAACCUGUCAGUUAAAUUUAAUUACAAGGUCUAAAACCACUUUCUUUAUUCAUCCAUCCAUCCAUUAAUUUUUAGUAACACUGGACAUGGAGUGGGAACACAACCUGGAUUUAUAAUAUCCAACUAGUGUGAUUUAAGGAGGUCUGAGGAAACCACAGAACCUGGAAGAAUCCCUCAUGGACUCAGGGAAGACAAGUAAAACUCCUCACAUAAAAUAUCCCAAGCUGAAUGAGUGGAUGGAUGUAUGGAUGGAUGGAUGGAUGGAUGGAUGAAUUAAUGAUUAUUAUUUUGUUGAUUUCAUUAAUACACCCACCAAUUUUUGAAAUUUUCCAGAUAACAUUAAAUACUAAGAGUGUCAGUACUGCUGCAUAGAACAAAAUGUGUACAUUUGCGCUAAUAAAUA